UUUUCUAUCAAGGGGCAGUGUCACCUGGCUUCCAAGGACCGUCAGGAGCAUCAGAAGGACAAAGCUGCUGCCCUGAGUGUCACUGUCGCCAUUCACCUUCUUCCUGCCUGGCCCACAUGGCCUUCGUCCUCCAGGGUGGCCUGGAAUGGUGAGGGCAAUGCCAGGGACCAUGGACACAGGCCAGGGACCGGGCCUGAGUGACGCUGGUGACAAGGACACACACCUGCAGGUGCUGUUGCAGGAACUCUGCCAGCUCCAGGCCAAGCAGAGGAAACUGAAGCGAGAGGUCGAGAAGCACAAGCUCUUUGAAGACUUUCUGAUUAAGGUCCUUGAGAAAAUCCCCAAGGGCUACAGUGACGGGGAGGAGCCGGAGGAGGCCCAGAAGGAGGGCCUGGUGGAGGCCCUGGUGGAGCACUAUGGGAAGCUCUUGGCAGUCAGCCGGCUCGUCCAGAAGCACCUCGAGGCCUUCUCCAAGAUGAGCCGGGCCGUCCACCAGAGCCUGGAGGCCUUAGAGGAGAGCCAUGAUGCUCUUAUCCCGAGCCUCAAGGUCCAGCUGUGUCAGCUGCAGAGGAGGUAUGACCGCAGGCAGUGGCAGCAGUGGCAGUCAGAACAAGAUGUCACCUACCAGAAAGACACGGGCAGCUCCACGGAGCUUAGACAGGGAGCAGACUGGCCACAGUCUCUAGAGCCCCUUCUGGUUCUGGGUCUUUUUAAGGUGGGAAGCAAGGCUGCUGCAGCUGAGCGCCACCCUGGAGGCCUGAAGUCCAGCCCUCUGGCGCCACCUGGAGUGGGCAACGCUGGGUUCCCGCAGGCUCCUGCCCAGCCCCUGCCCCAGAACCAGCUGCUCAACUACCUGCACACGGUCAUCAACAACAUGGCCCAGCAGUGCUGUUCCUCUGCCCGUGUCCUCCCCAAGAGCAUGGGCCUCUUCUCCAAGCUGGACCUGAUUCAGGAAUUUAUGUUGGACAAAAAGGAGACUAUGAGAUUUAUCUCACCCAUGGAACCCGGAGUGUGCGGCUCAGGUGACAGCCACGAGGGCCAGGGACUCGGAAGCCACCCCAGACCCUUCGGGAAAUGUCCGAAGAGCCAAGAUUUAAUCCCAAGGACGCCCCUCCCGGCACCCUGACUUC